AUGAAAAUUAUCUAUUUGCUAGGAGCCUUGAUAGUUCUCUUAUCUGUUAUUCUUCCACACGUUAAAUCGGCAGAUACAACUACCAUUGACUGUACUAAACCAUGUUGGCCAGGUAUGGAUCCACAAGGAAAACAAACCUCCUGUACAACAAAACAAGCAACCAAACUUGUUGUUGAAUUGAGUAACAACGAAACCAGCAAAUUUUAUCCUUUCUGCGUUUUAGUUGACGAGUUAUCCGAACUUACACUCAACGGUACAAGUUCUUUCAUGAAUGCUAGUGAAAAUAGUACUGUCACUCUUUGGGUUGGAAGUUUUUCAUCCGAUAAAUAUUAUUAUAGAUCUGUGAAGACUGUUAGCUCUAGAGAAUCCUUCACUAUGUACUACACUGUUGGUAUUCAAUUGUCUUCAGGAGUUUUGAAUUCUACUUCAGUUUCUCAACCAAUUAAGUUUGUUGAAAAUUGUGAUUCUGCUAAGGUUGCCUGUUCACUUGAUCUAACAUUGCCCUGUGUACGUGAAAAACAGUGUGGAAUGUACUAUGACCAGUCAACAGAGAAGCAACAAGAUGUAAAAGUAUUUAUUUCUUGGACAGGAACUGAUACCACUGGAACUCCAUUAAGAAGUUAUGGUUUAUUGCCAUCUAACUUCCGUUACCUUGCCUUUGAAAAUUACUUUAACCAAUUUGUUGGCCUUAUCACUCCACAAUAA